CUCAGUUCGCUGCCCGCGCCGGCUCCCAUCCCUGCCUGACCCCUACCCAGCCCGGCCAGGCUUCACACGCAGGUGCGGAGGGUCGAUCGGGGCAGGUAUCUCUGCGACAAGGGAAGCAGGGCAAGUGGCCGAGAGGCGGAUCCCUGCGGUGUCCGGGCAGCUGCCAUGGAAGUGAUGAACCUGAUCGAACAGCCCAUCAAGGUGACUGAGUGGCAACAGACCUACACCUAUGACUCAGGCAUCCACUCUGGUGCCAACACCUGUGUGCCCUCGGUCAGCAGCAAGGGCAUCAUGGAGGAGGACGAGGCCUGUGGGCGCCAGUACACACUCAAGAAGACUACCACUUACACCCAGGGCGGGCCCCAGAACCAAGGUGACCUGGAAUACCAGAUGUCCACAACGGCCAGAGCCAAGCGGGUGCGGGAGGCCAUGUGCCCUGGUGUGACAGGCGAAGAUAGCUCACUGCUGCUGACCACCCAGAUAGAAGGGCAGACCACCAACCUGCAGCGGCUGGCUGAGCCGUCCCAGCUCCUCAAGUCGGCCAUCGUGCAUCUCAUCAACUACCAGGACGAUGCAGAGCUGGCCACCCGGGCUCUGCCUGAGCUCACCAAACUGCUCAACGAUGAAGACCCGGUGGUAGUGACCAAGGCGGCCAUGAUCGUGAACCAGCUGUCGAAGAAGGAGGCAUCACGGCGGGCCCUGAUGGGCUCCCCUCAGCUGGUGGCCGCCGUUGUGCGCACCAUGCAGAACACCAGCGACCUGGACACGGCCCGCUGUACUACCAGCAUCCUGCACAACCUCUCCCACCACCGCGAGGGGCUUCUCGCCAUCUUCAAGUCGGGUGGCAUCCCUGCCCUGGUUCGCAUGCUCAGUUCCCCGGUGGAGUCUGUCCUGUUCUAUGCCAUCACUACGCUGCACAACCUGCUGCUUUACCAGGAGGGUGCCAAGAUGGCAGUGCGCCUGGCAGACGGGCUGCAGAAGAUGGUGCCCCUGCUCAACAAGAAUAACCCCAAGUUCCUGGCCAUUACUACCGACUGCCUGCAGCUCCUGGCCUAUGGCAACCAGGAGAGCAAGCUCAUCAUCCUGGCCAAUGGAGGCCCCCAGGCCCUCGUGCAGAUCAUGCGUAACUAUAGUUAUGAGAAGCUGCUUUGGACCACCAGCCGCGUGCUCAAGGUGCUGUCUGUGUGCCCCAGCAACAAGCCCGCCAUUGUGGAGGCUGGUGGGAUGCAGGCACUGGGGAAACACUUGACAAGCAACAGCCCUCGCCUGGUGCAGAACUGCCUCUGGACCCUGCGCAACCUCUCUGACGUGGCUACCAAACAGGAGGGCCUGGAGAGUGUGCUGAAGAUUCUGGUGAACCAGCUGAGUGUGGAUGACGUCAACGUUCUCACCUGUGCCACCGGCACACUGUCCAACCUGACGUGCAACAACAGCAAGAACAAGAUGCUGGUGACCCAGAAUAGCGGUGUGGAGGCACUCAUCCAUGCCAUCCUGCGUGCUGGAGACAAGGAUGACAUUACAGAGCCUGCCGUCUGUGCCCUGCGCCACCUCACCAGCCGCCACCCCGAGGCUGAGAUGGCCCAGAAUUCCGUGCGCCUCAACUAUGGCAUCCCAGCCAUUGUCAAGUUGCUCAACCAGCCCAACCAGUGGCCACUGGUCAAGGCAACCAUUGGCCUGAUCAGGAAUUUGGCUCUGUGCCCAGCCAAUCAUGCCCCACUGCAGGAGGCAGCGGUUAUUCCCCGCCUUGUCCAGCUACUGGUCAAAGCCCACCAGGAUGCCCAGCGCCAUGUGGCUGCAGGCACUCAGCAGCCCUAUACGGAUGGUGUGAGGAUGGAGGAGAUAGUGGAAGGCUGUACUGGGGCCCUGCACAUCCUCGCCCGAGACCCCAUGAACCGCAUGGAGAUCUUCCGGCUCAAUACCAUCCCCCUGUUUGUGCAGCUCCUGUACUCAUCGGUGGAGAACAUCCAGCGUGUGGCAGCUGGGGUCCUGUGCGAGCUGGCCCAGGACAAGGAGGCCGCUGAUGCCAUCGAUGCUGAGGGGGCCUCGUCCCCACUCAUGGAGCUCCUGCACUCUCACAAUGAGGGCACAGCCACUUACGCUGCUGCGGUCUUGUUCCGUGUAUCUGAGGACAAGAACCCAGACUACCGGAAGCGCGUGUCUGUGGAGCUCACCAACUCCCUUUUCAAGCAUGACCCAGCUGCCUGGGAGGCUGCCCAGAGCAUGAUCCCCAUCAAUGAGCCCUAUGCGGAUGACAUGGAUGCCACCUACCGCCCCAUGUACUCGAGCGACGUGCCCCUGGACCCCCUGGAGAUGCACAUGGACAUGGACGGGGACUAUCCCAUUGACACCUACAGUGACGGCCUCAGGCCCUCCUACCCCAAUGCAGACCACAUGCUGGCCUAGCGGGCUCACCGGUCCCGCACCCUCCUUGCUUUGCGGCUCUUCCUUAGGCCUUCGGGCUGCUGAGACCACUCUUGCCCUUCUUCCCCCAGAACCUCGUUCUCACAAAAGCCCUCUUGUGUCUCAGUGGAAACGCGGGCUCCUUUUUUUGUGUGUGUGGGAGGGAGGAGCCAGUGUGAGCCUUUUGCUGUUGAGCUUCCUCCAGGCAGGCUUCCCUUGGCCUGUCUUGUCCUGCUAUUUUGGCUUGGGCCCUGGAGCUCUCUUAUGGGUAGGGGGCCAGUGAUGUGGGCAUCCAGGGAUGCAGACCCUCCUGACCCCUGUGUUUGCCCCAGCCCUGGGUGCAGCUCCUCCUCUGAGAGGCUCUCCUGGCAGGCAAUGGGGCAACACAGAAGUGCCUGAGCUGGGGAGCAGGGCUGAGACUUCUGCUGAACCCCACUCUUCCAGGGGUGUUCCUAGGGGACAGUGAUCUGAUCCUGCUUUUCUGUUCUGGACCGACACCGCCUCCCACCCUGUGAUCCUGGCCACCAAAGCUCCCUCUCCAGCACCCCACCCCCCACCUUGUUUCUUCCUCUGGAUCUUAUUGUCUCACUAGCCCCACCUGACUGACCAAACUAAACUUCUAGAAUCCAAAACUUCUUCUUUUUUUUUUUUUUUAAAACCAGAAUACUGUUCAACUCUGUCCUAUGGUGGUGCUGGGGAUCGAACCUUCAACCUUGGAGCCUCAGGAAUGAAAGUCUUUUGCAUAAUCAUUAUAGUAUCUCCCAGACACCCAAAGUUUCUCUUAAAAAGUUCAGGGAUGGCUCAGGAGAUAGGACAGAGACAUAGAGAGCCAGUGCCCUGUGCCCAAACACUACCUGCUUCUCUCUCCAAGAUGCUAACUUUGGUCCCUUCCUGGGGGAGCUCCCUCGCACCCCCUGCCCGCUCACACAGCUGCCCUAGCUGCCCCUCAAGAAGUGCUCUUGGCUGACCCCUCUGGUGUGCGGUGGGGGGCUCUGCCUUCCCCUUCCUGUUUCAUACUCCCCCCAGGGUGGGGGAGUGGCUGGGAGAGGUCUCGGCAGAGAAUUUUAAUAUCAUUGCUUUAUGUUUUUGGUUAUUGGUUUUUUUUGUAUAGACCAAAGCAAAGAAAAUAAAAAUAACACAUGGA